UUGCUGAUCUCAGAGGCCUUUUCUGACCUCAUUGAUCCUGUGGUUCUGUGAUCUCCCCUCGUCUCUGCCUUAUCAAAUCUCUCGCUCCUGUUUGUGCCCCUCGCUGUGUUGUGGAGGACACUGAUGGUGUGGCUGCCUCCCCAAAACCUUGAGCUGUCCAUGUGAAGGGGAGCUGUCCUGGUUGAGAAGCCAUGUCUGAGGGAACUGAGCACCUGCAGAACCCCAAAAAUUAAACUACAUAAAUUAUACUACAUAAAUCAAUUACAUGAUUUCUUAAAAUUCGUUCCAAUGGAAGGGAGGAGGAAAUUCUCCAGAGAUUUCACAGGUUCACACCAAACAGUUCCUGUGCCUUUUUUCAUCAGCAUUACACUUGCCACCAUCAUCUGCCAAAUGCUUCUCUACAUCACGUAGAUGGAAAAGAAACACCACAAAAUUAUUCCUGUCAGUCCCCCAGAGAUGGAUUUUCCAGGUACAAGAAGGUGAGAAGAACCAUGGCUGAGGAAGACCACGUGCUUCUACCCAAAUCCCCCCUCACGUGUGAUUCCUCAGGCUCCUAUGAUAUCCUUCUUUCAUUUGAGCUCUGAAAAGCAAUGGGCAACUUGGUUUGGACCUUCUCAAGUCAAUCAUCACCACUAAGAAGUAGAACUACUAGUGAGAACAAGGAAACAAAGCACCUUAAUCCCCACCCUUCUAUCUCAUCCAUAGCUUUUUUAAGCAAAACUCCAAACCCAUGGGGUACUUCAUAGAGCAAAAAGAUGAGUUCUGAUUCCCAGUAGACCUUAAGUUAUAUUUUUAGAGAUGAUGCAACAUCACAGGGAAGUGUGAGGAAGGGCUUGAUGAUCCUGUUGUAUUUUGUUCUUGCCACUUCUUCCCCCUCCAUCCUUGAAGAUCCCUUUGCUGCAGGCCCAGGAGGAAGAUUUUUUGGGGAGGUGGAAUGAAACUGGCCAAGGCCUGAGUGUGGCAUGAAAGAACUGAAGGCAGGAAUCUUGUCAAGUGAGACACACGUUAAGGCAGCAUCACAACUAGAACAAAUGUGCUAAAAAAGACAGGAAAAUACUGUAGAAUUUAUGAGAACAUAUGGGACUUAGACAUUCUCAGAAAGGCUGAAAACAGCACCAGCACUCGUCUCACCACCAAUCACACAGAUCCCAAAUCACAGAACAGGUUUCUACAAACCUCAUCUCUGUUCUUUUUACAUAGCAACAGAGGAAACUCUGAGAAGCUGGAGCUGACAAUAAUCAGUGCUAAAACCUGCAAAGGAACUGGCCAGACGGCAGCACUGGGAGCAAGCAGCAGGGGGAGAAGCCCACUGAGAACUACAAAGGCCCCUCUCCUGCAGGGUCCGAGCUGCAGCAGAGGGGAGCAAAGCAAAGCUUUUUGUCCCUCUGAGCUCCUCCUCUUUAAUGCACCAAGCUGAAGGGAAGUGAAUGGGGAAGUGUCACAGUGAGAAUUCCUGAGAAAUUCCAUCUCUGGGAGAAAAAAAUUCCAUGUGUUGUUUCUUUAAAUAUUUCCAUGCUUCUUUUCAUUCUUGUGCAGGUUUAUAAGGAAGAAAUCUAGAUUUUGCAGAGAUCUUUGGCCUAAUUCUCCACCCUCUGAUGAAGAGGGCAGGGAACACAGGCAUUCCAUAUAUAUGCUCUUCACACUGGGAUUUUAAAACAUUAAGUUUUUUGACACCAAAGCAGCUACAGGCAGGUGUGUGCUCCUGCACAUCAGCAAAUGUUAGCCUACAAAGCCAACUCCAGCCCCUUUAGAACUGACUGUUAUUUUGCACUGAGUCCAAAGCAAGAACGGAAAGCAAACAGUAAUUUGGAGGUGUAAACAAGUGUGUCUGGUUACUGGAUCAGAUCCUGCAGGUCUGAGUGCUUUACUCAGGCUUUGCUCUUCAUUAAUUCUUUCUUAGCCCUGGGAAUAGAAAAUACCUUUUGCCUACAGCCCUGCCUGUGCUGUGCCUUCCUGUUCAUGAUGCUGAUCAUUCUGUCUGUUCCCCAAAUAGCUUCCGAAUCUCCUAGUUCACAAUGUAGUAACUCCUAUCCUCAUCAGACCUCUUUUUUUUUUUCCCCCUCCUGACUGUAAACCACACAAUUUCUCUUUGCUUUCCUUUCUGGUCCCACAGCCCAUAUUCCAAAGCCUUUCUGAACAGUGAAGUUCUGCACUGAAUGGAAAUUCCCAGUUCUGCUCAAUGAUAUGGACUGGAGAUGUUCAGAAGCCUCGAGAGGUGGUGCCGGGCGCGGACCCGUCGGCCCGGCAGCUCUGCUUCGCCUGGGGCCCCGCGGAGGUGCUGGUGUGCGAGACCCUCUUCGGCCGCGCAGGUACCGGGGAUGGAGUGCCGAGCUCCUCCCGAGUCUUCGUGGUCCGUAGGGAUCAGGACAUUUACAUCCAGACCCUGCGGAAACUCUUCAACGAGUCGCACGGGAUUUUCAUGGGGCUGCAACGGAGCGAGGAGGAGCUGGCGGGGAAGUCGCGGAAGGCGCAAUUGGUUCAAGUGAGUAAAAACUACCGGUCAGUGAUAAGAGCCUGCAUGGAGGAUAUGCACCAGGCAGCUAUUUCGACCCGGGACCCUGCCCUGCAAGGCCAGUACAGCACUCAGGUUUCCAUUCUCUCUGCAAUGGAGCUGAUCUGGAACCUGUGUGAGAUUCUGUUUGUUGAAGCAGCUACAGCUGGGGCCCUCCUGCUGCGCCUCCUGGACUGGGUGCGGCUCCAUGUGUGUGACGUGGACAGCAUGGUCAGGGAAGUUCUGAGCAGUGAGAGUCCAUCCAAACACAAGCUCUUCUGGAAUGUGGUGGAUGUCUUUGUGCUCCAAGGCCGGAUGGACGAAGCGCGGCAUCUGCUCUCCAAGGAAGCCAGUGCCAAUCCCACAUCCAUGAACAUGUACAAAAUCUUGGAUGACUUGAUGAAGAAGAUGCCUGUGCCCAGUCUUGGCAACACCCAGACACUGACAGAGCUGGAGCUGAAGUGGCAGCACUGGCACGAAGAAUGUCAGCGGUAUCUACAGGAUGGAACUUUUGCUUCCAAUCCCCACAUGGAGUCCAUCUGCAAGAUCCUGCUGGGAGAUGAGGAUGCCAUUUUGGAGAAGAAGGAGCUCAUGACCACUUGGUAUCACUUCCUGGUCACCCGGCUCCUGUAUUCCCACCCAACAGUGAAGCCCAUGGAGCUGCGGUUCUAUGCACAGUCUAGUAUGGACCUGUUCCUGGGUGGAGAGAACAGCCCUGAGCCACUAGACAUGAUUUUAAUGGCAGCUUUUGAAUUUGAGAUGCAUCAAGUGAUCAAGGAAUGCAGCAUUGUCCUGAGUAACUGGUGGUUUGUGGCUCAUCUGACUGACCUGUUGGAUCACUGCAAACUCCUGCAGUCUCACAAUCUGUAUUUUGGUUCAAAUAUGCGUGAAUUCCUCCUGCUGGAGUAUGCAUCAGGACUCUUCUCUCAUCACAGCCUGUGGCAGCUGGGGGUGGAUUAUUUUGACCACUGCCCGGAGUUUGGCCGGGUGUACCUGGAGCUGCACAUCGAGCGCAUCCCGCUCAGCACGGAGCAGAAGGCCCUCAAGGUGCUGAGGAUCUGUGAGCAGAGGCAGAUGCACGAGCAAGUGCGCAGCAUCUGUAAGAUCAUGGCCAUGAAGGCUCUGCGGAACAACCGCCUGGGCUCUGCCCUGUCCUGGAGCAUCCGAGCCAAGGACGCGGCGUUUGCCACCCUCAUCUCGGACCGAUUCCUUAAGGACUAUUGUGAAAGGGGGUGUUUCUCUGACCUGGACCUCAUUGACAAUCUGGGCCCGUCCAUGCUGCUCAGUGACCGCCUCACAUUCCUUGGGAAGUACCGGGAGUUCCACCGGCUGUACGGGGAGAAGCGGUUCCCGGAGGCGGCACGGCUGCUGCUGACGCUGAUGACGGCUCACAUCGCCCCCUGCUCCUUCUGGAUGACGCUGCUCACGGACGCGCUCCCGCUGCUGGAGCAGAAGGAGGUCAUAUUUUCAGCAGAGCAGACUUAUGAGUUGAUGCGAUGCCUGGAAGACCUGACAGCAGGGAAUCCAGAUAAGCAGAAAUUCCAGGAUGAUGAUGUUGAGACAACCAAAGUGGAAAUGCUGAGACUUGCUCUUGCACGGAACCUCGCACGAGUCAUUGUCAAAGAAGGCACUGUGGAAGGGUCUUGAAGACUGCAGGGUCUUCCUCUUCCUCUGGGGCUUGCUGUACAUAAACUGACUUUUUCUAAGAAUAAAUGUCUUGUUUUGCAGA